AUGGACGGUUACGCGGUCGUCGCGGUGGACGGAGUGGGCACAUUCCCUGUAGUGGAGCGCAUUGCAGCGGGGGACAUGCCGUCAAAAGCAUUGAAACCCGGUCAGGUGUCGUACAUCACAACGGGAUCUCCCGUUCCGGACGGGGCCGACGCGGUAGUGAAGAUCGAGGACACGAGCAGUGUCGAGGGCAGUGUGAGACAUGAGCGAGAAGUAGCAGUCAACAUCCUGAAGGCGGUGAACGCAGGGCAGAAUAUCCGUCCCAUCGGAUCCGACAUCAGUCCAGGGGAAGUGCUGGUGGACGCACACGAAGUGGUGUCGGCUGCUGAGAUUGGGCUCUUGGCGACGGCGGGUAUCACAGAGGUGGUGGCGCAUCGCAAACCCGUGGCUGGUGUUCUCUCGACAGGUAGUGAACUCGUUGAGGCUUUCGAGGGGACGACUACGCCCGGGAAGAUUCGAGACAGCAACCGUCCAAUGCUGUUAGCGUUGCUUAGUGGAUGGGGGGCGAAGACUCUUAAUCUGGGCGUGUGUAGUGAUAAGAAACAAGCGUUGAAGGAUACGAUACUGAAGGCACUCGAGGAGGUUGACGUGCUGAUCACAAGUGGUGGCGUUAGUAUGGGGGAACAUGAUCUCAUCAAGCCUCUGCUGGAAGAAAUGGGUACCGUUCAUUUCGGGAGACUGCUCAUGAAGCCCGGGAAGCCAACUACAUUUGCUACACUGGACAUUCACGGCAAGAAGAAACUGGUAUUUGCUCUUCCGGGAAAUCCCGUGAGUUCUUUUACGACGUGCCAUCUGCUGGUUCACCCGGCGUUGAAACGACUUCGUGGACUUCCAGGUCCAAGAUGCCAUCAGACAAAGGUCUACGCUUCACUCACGCACCCAAUCAAGUUGGAUGUAGAACGGCCUGAAUUCCAUCGCGCUAACGUGGUAUGGGACGCCAAGCAGCACAAAUUCCUAGCCACCAGUACUGGUCGGCAAAUCAGCUCCCGCUUGCUCAGCUGUCGAAACGCGAACGCUCUGCUUCGCUUACCAACGGGGACUGAAGUGCGGGAUGGCGACGCUAUUUUUCGCGCUGGACUGCUAACGAUUAGCGACCGUGUAUCUGCCGGCACCUCAACGGACAUGAGUGGGCCAGCGAUGGUUGAUGUGCUUCAACGAGUUGACAAGGUGCAAAUGGAUGUGGUGGCCAUCAAGGUUGUGCCUGAUGAGGAGGACCAGAUUCAAGCGGUGGUGAAGGAUUGGGCAGAUUCGGACGCCGUGGAUCUAAUUCUCACGUCAGGCGGUACAGGAUUUAGUCCCCGCGACGUCACCCCGGAGGCAAUCAAGGCUGUGUUGGACAAGGAGAUCCCCGGGUUCCCCAUCGCGAUGCUCGAAAGCUCACUCAAGAUCACGGCCAAGGCUGUGCUGUCGCGGCCUGUGGCGGGAAUUCGAAAGAACACGCUCAUCGUAACUCUACCGGGGAAACCGAAAGCAGUCGUAGAAAACUUUUCUGCGAUCGCUGAAGUCUUACCACAUGCGCUGCACCUUGUCCGCGACGUACCACACGAGCACCAUCGUUCAAACCCGAGCUCUCUCUACACGUGA